ACGCUGACAGUGCUGUGGUACUAACAGCACAAGGGUCUUGAUUCAGGCCCUCGCAGCACAUGGAAAGUUUGCUGAGAAGACUCUGAAGCAAAAAACAGCACGUUUUUCCUACGAUUCCUUGUGUGUCUGAUGCAAAGUUUGAAUUUCAAUUGCCACAGAACUUCUGAAAGUUCCCCAGGUUCAAUAUUAUCCAUAUUGAACAGCACAACAGAUAUGCUGCUUAUUAAUCUACGGUUCUCUGCCCCAUAAACAGAGUCCACGGCACAAGCCCAAAAAUGGAACGGAAUGUGAAAGAGCAAAAAAGAUUAUAAAGCAACAGAAGAUUUUUGUUUUGCUUCAUCCUGUUUCCUCUGAAGAGUAACAAUUGGAAUAAAGAGUCUGGAGAAUGGAUAGCUGUUUAUUGCUACUUUUUACAUUGGGAAUUCCUCUCCUAUGGCCGUGCCUUGUAGCAGCAGAAAACGUUAAAACGAAAAGAGCAAAGCAGCCAGCAGGAUCUCAUUGGAGAGUGAAGCGGGGCUGGGUGUGGAACCAAUUUUUUGUGCCAGAGGAACUGAACACAACCCAUCAUAUCGGCCGGCUAAGAUCUGAUUUGGACAAUGGAAACAACUCUUUCCAGUAUAAACUUCUGGGAGUUGGAGCUGAAAAUAUUUUUACCAUUGAUGGAAGGACAGGUGACCUAUAUGCCAAACAGAAGCUUGAUAGAGAAGAACGAUCCCUCUACAUCCUAAGAGCUCAGGUAAUAGACAUCACCACUGGAAAGGCUGUGGAACCUGAGUCUGAGUUUGUCAUCAGAGUUUCGGAUAUCAAUGACAAUGAGCCAAAAUUCCUAGAUGAACCUUAUGAGGCCACUGUACCAGAGAUGUCUCCAGAAGGAACGUUAGUCACCCAGGUGACCGCGAGAGAUGCUGAUGACCCUUCAAGUGGCAAUCAUGCUCGUCUCCUGUACAGCUUACUACAAGGCCAACCAUAUUUUUCUAUUGAACCAACAACAGGAGUUAUAAGAAUAUCUUCUAAAAUGGAUAGAGAACUGCAAGAUGAGUAUUGGGUAAUUGUUCAAGCCAAAGACAUGAUUGGUCAGCCUGGAGCACUGUCUGGAACAACAAGUGUAUUAAUUAAACUUUCAGAUGUUAAUGACAAUAAGCCUAUAUUUAAAGAAAGCUUGUACCGCCUAACUGUCUCUGAAUCCGCACCCACGGGCACUUCUAUAGGCAGAAUCACAGCACAUGAUGAUGACACAGGAGAGAAUGCAGAAAUGGAUUACAGCAUUGAAGAGGAUGAUUCGCAAACAUUUGACAUCAUUACUAAUAAUGAGACCCAAGAAGGAAUAGUUAUAUUAAAAAAGAAUGUGGAUUAUGAGCAGCAGAACCACUAUGGUAUUAGAGCCAAAGUUAAAAACCUUCAUGUUGAUGAACAGUUUAUGAAAUACCAUACCGAAGCCUCCACCACCUUCAUCAAGGUCCAGGUGGAAGACGAGGACGAACCUCCUGUUUUCCUCCUUCCAUAUUAUGUGUUUGAAAUUUUUGAAGAAAACGCUUAUGGAUCAUUCGUAGGCCUGGUAUCUGCCACAGACCCAGAUCACAGGAAAUCCCCUAUCAGGUAUUCUCUUACUGGAACCAAACUAUUCCAUAUUGAUGACAAUGGUACAAUCAUUACGACUCACCCACUUGACCGGGAGAUCAAUGCGUGGUACAAUCUAAGUGUUACAGCCACAGAAAGCUACAAUGUACAACAGAUCUCAUCCGUCCCUGUCUAUGUACAAGUUCUUAAUAUUAAUGACCAUGCUCCUGCGUUCCCUCAAUAUUAUGAGAUGUAUGUUUGUGAAAAUGCAGAUUCUGGUCAGGCAAUUCAGAACAUCAGUGCAGUAGACAGAGAUGAAUCUAUGGAAGAUCACCAUUUUUACUUUAAUCUAUCAGUAGACGACACAAAUAACUCAAGUUUUACAAUCAAAGAUAAUCAAGAUAAUACAGCUACAAUUUUGACUAACAGGACAGGUUUCAGCCUGCAGGAAGAGCCCGUCUUCUAUGUAUCCAUCUUAAUUGCUGACAAUGGAAGUCCAUCACUUACAAGUACAAACACUCUUACCAUAUACAUCUGUGACUGUGACGAAAAUGGGGACACACAGCUAUGCAGGAAUAAGGAACUUAUGCUUUUCAUGGGAAUCAAGACAGAAGUUAUAAUUGCUAUUCUUAUCUGCAUUAUGGCAAUAUUUGGGUUCAUUUUCUUCGUCUUGUGUCUAACACAACGAAAAAAGCAGACUCUGUUUCCCGAGAAGAGUGAAGAUUUCAGGGAGAAUAUAUUCAGAUACGAUGAUGAAGGUGGUGGAGAGGCGGACACGGAAGCCUUCGACAUUGCGGAGCUGAGGAGUCGCGCGGUGCAGCGGAGCCCCAGGCCGCGGCGCGGCCCCCGGGCGGAGGUCCGGAGCCUGCGCAGACAGUCGCUGCAGCUGGGCCCCGACAGCGCCCUCUUCAGGAAGUUCAUCCUGGAGAAGCUGGAGGAAGCCAACGCCGAUCCAUGCGCGCCGCCCUUUGACUCCCUGCAGACCUACGCAUUUGAGGGAACCGGGUCCUUAGCGGGAUCCCUGAGCUCCUUGGGGUCAGCAGUCUCUGACCAGGAUGAAAACUAUGAUUACCUUCAAGAGCUGGGACCGCGCUUCAAAAGAUUAGCGUGCAUGUUUGGCUCCACGAUGCAGUCAAAUAAUUAGGGCUUUUCACCCUUACAAGGUAAAACAUGAUGACACAUAUCUGGGCCCUGUUGUCAUCUCUGGGUAAAGAAUUGUGUGUUUUGCUUCUCUGAAGGGGAAGCAACGCCUAAUUAGUUUAUAAAGUUUUCUGAUUUCCUUGGAGUCAAUACCCCUUGAUUGUUUCAAGUUGUACACGCGUUGUCAAUGAACAAGGAUGUGGGAAGAGUUGUCACCAGUGGACUGUCAGGUGCCAGCGCAAAUCCACUCCAACUCACUACCCAAAGAUGCCUGUAGCAUUUUUCAGUAUCAUCUAAUGAAAAUUCUCAACAUUUCUGAAUGGCUAAUGUGAUAAAAGCACUGAAUUAGGCCGUCUUAGCUUAUUUUAUUUAUACUUCCUCUUUUUUGUUGCUUUUACUUUUAGAAAGUGAGAGUAAAAUGGUUAUGUUUCUUAAGUUCCUGAUACUAUAGAGAGACAAACUUUAAGACUUAGGAGAAACUGGUUGAUUACACGAAAGUUUAAAAACAUUCCUUUGUGUGAUAAGCAGCUUUCUAAGAUUCCGUGAUUCAUUCUAGUCUGCUGUCUAAAAUCUUUGCCAAGACCACACUUUACAACUGAUUUCCAAUUUAGACAGAUACUUGUAUUAAUUAACCAGAGUUACAGAGUAUAUAAAUUUGUAUUUUUGAAUAUUAUAGCUAGAUUAUUUUCAUAUGAAAUGUAAAACAUUUUUAUCUUGUCAAAAUGCAAUGGCAAAAUUUAUGUCAAUAUUUACUCAUAAUUAAAUUUAAACUUUAUGAAACUGGCAGAAAGUGUGAAAAAAAUUAAGUGAAUUUUUAUUUCUGCUACAAAUUAUUUAGAUAAAUUAAAGGAAUGUUUAUUCCAAUUCCAAUUAUUCAGCUGAGGGUUGUGAUCAGCUGCACUGCCUCUUACCAUACACAGAAUAAAAAGCACAAUACAUUCGUCCACAUUGCCUUUUUUUUUUAAGAGCUUAGAAUAUGACUGAUCCUUCAGUGUAUCAUUUCUUUAUUACUGAAUAUAAAAUUAGGUGCAAUAGUUACUUUUAUUUUACCCUUCUGAACAAAAUAAAUGCUAAGCUGUUGGAGAGAAAGCUUUGUGGUAACAUUUGAUAGUAAUAUAAUAAAACACUUUUAUAUUAAUCAACCUUUUAAGAAUGAUCCUUGUUAUUAUAUCCAAAUCAAGGUGCACUUCAAAAUUUAUAGUUUGAACAAAGAGAAAGUAGUGAUUAAAAAGAUCUUAAGAUUGGUUUAUAUGAUCAGUUUUUUUUGUUGUUGUUGUUGUUUUUUAAAGCUGGGACUGGGUUUGAACCCACCACCUCCAGUAUAUGGGGCAGGCGCCCUA